UUACUGAAGAGUGCUCUUAUAAGUGGCCAAGGCAAGAAUUUUAGUGAUACAGCUUGCCAGCUGAUGAUUGGUAUGUUUGACAGAGAUCGAAGUGGCACAAUAGAUGUAAACGAGUUCCAGCUGUUGUACAGUUACAUCAACCAGUGGCUGGCUGCAUUCAGGACAUACGAUAGAGAUGGCUCAGGACACAUUGAGGAACCAGAACUUAAUCAAGAGGCAUUCCGGGUCCGUGACAAAGAGCAUAAGGGUAUUAUCUCAAUUGGCUUUGAAGAUUUUCUUGGUGUUGCACUGAACUGUUCUGUAUAAAGUACUAUAACUUUUCAAACUAAGUGGUGAUAAGGCACAUAGUCUUGUAAGUGCUUUUGUAAUUAAUGAGAUAAUUUUAUACUGUACUUAGCAUAUCUGGUUCUUGUAUCAUAAUUUGCUGUCAUAAGCCAGAACAUAUAAAGUUUACAUAAAUGCUAAUGCAAUUUUUAA